CGGCUCUAUUGCGCUGAACCUGAAAUUUACCCUUUUUGCACAGGUGUCACGAUGGGCGAGACACGGCCCUCGACCGGGGUGGUGGCUCACCAUAAGAAACCUAUGAGAAAGUUGGAUUACCGGGGAUCGGGACAGUCCCAUCGCCACCAUCCGCAGCCACGCCACGACGACGACGACGACGAGCGCGAGGUGGUGCUUGAGCUGCAGGAGUAUGACCACCACGACCAGUUAAGCCGGUGGGAAGACAGGGACGUGCCAGGACCACCUCGGCCCCCGAGACCCCGAGGUGGUGUGCUGCAGCUGAGGGUUCGCAACCGGCACAGCAGAUCGAAUGUCAGCCUCGCGGACCGACUGGAGCUCCAAGGCGAGGACGAGGCAACGCUACGGGAGCUGCUUGUGAGCCUGCAGAAGCAGGUGAGCGUGAUGAGCUCUAACCUGAGCGCAAAGCUGGACGAGCUCCAGCGCGGCGAUCGGCACCUCGAGACUACCGUAGCCCUCCACGAGAUUCGCACCCAGCUCCAGGAACUCACGCGCUCCGUGGAGAGCUGCCAGAGCGAAGUAUGCGAGGUGAAGCGGGACAUGGUGGCGAUCCGCUCUGAGCUUGACACGGUACAGCAAGUGAAGGAGGAGAUCGAAGAGCUUCGGGAAUACGUCGACCGCCUGGAGGAGCACACCCAUCGACGGAAGCUUCGCUUAUUGCAGCAGAAUUCUCUUCUGAGAGAUGACGCUGAGUCUCAGCCCAGCGCUGAGCUCAGCGGGGCAGGCUUGAAACCAACCGCGCAAGUGCGGCAAGGACUCACGUUCUUCCUCUGCUAUGCAAUCGGUGCGGCGGUUCUCGGAAUGCUACAGUUUGGUUACAAUACUGGCGUAAUCAAUGCUCCUGAACAGAACAUCGAGAACUUUAUGAAAGAUGUCUACAAGAACCGCUACAAUGAGGAUCUCAGUGAGGAAACCGUCAAGCUGCUAUACUCUGUUGGGGUGUCCAUCUUCGCCAUCGGCGGCAUGCUGGGCGGGUUCAGUGGGGGCCUCAUCGCCAACAGAUUCGGAAGGAAGGGCGGGCUGCUGCUCAACAACGUCAUGGGCGUGGGCGGCGCCUGCCUCAUGGGCUUCGCCAAGAUCGCCAACUCGUACGAGCUGCUCUUCCUCGGCCGCUUCAUCAUCGGCGUCAACUGUGGCCUCAACACCUCCCUUGUGCCCAUGUACAUCACAGAGAUCGCGCCGCUCAACCUGCGCGGUGGCCUGGGCACGCUCAACCAGCUGGCGGUCACCAUCGGGCUGCUGCUGUCGCAGGUGCUCGGCAUCGAGCAGAUCCUGGGCACCGACGACGGCUGGCCGCUGCUACUCGGCCUGGCUGUCUGUCCAGCCGUGUUGCAGCUCGUGCUGCUGCCCAUGUGCCCAGAGUCGCCUCGCUACCUGCUCAUGACCAAGCACUGGGAAGAGGAGGCACGCAAGGCGCUGCAGCGGCUCCGUGCGUCUUCGCAGGUGGAGGAGGACAUUGAAGAGAUGCGAGCGGAGGAACGCGCGCAGUCGGCGGAGGCUUCCAUCUCAAUGACGGAGCUUAUCUGCUCGCCCACGCUGCGGCAGCCCUUGUUCAUCGGAAUCUUGAUGCAGCUGUCGCAGCAGUUAUCCGGGAUCAACGCGGUGUUCUACUAUUCAACUGAACUCUUCAUCAGCUCUGGCCUUACCGGAGAGAGCGCCAAAUUCGCUACCAUCGGCAUUGGGGUUAUCAUGUUCUUCAUGACACUCGUGUCUAUCCCGAUGAUGGACAAGACGGGCAGGCGGACGCUGCACCUGUAUGGCCUCGGUGGCAUGUUCAUCUUCUCCAUCUUCAUCACCAUUAGCUUCCUUAUCAAAGAAUUCUUUGGUUAUGUCCAAGAGAUGAUCGACUGGAUGUCGUACCUGUCCGUCGUCUCAACUCUGGGCUUCGUCGUGUUCUUCGCGGUGGGGCCGGGCUCCAUCCCCUGGAUGAUCACUGCCGAGCUCUUCUCUCAGGGACCACGCCCAGCCGCCAUGUCUAUAGCCGUGCUGGUCAACUGGAUGGCCAACUUCCUCGUCGGCAUCGUCUUUCCUACGAUGAAGACUCACCUGGAAAACUACACGUUUUUGCCAUUUAGCGUAUUACUGGCGAUAUUCUGGAUUUUUACGUACAGACAAGUUCCAGAGACCAAAAACAAAACAUUUGAAGAAAUAUCUGCCAUUUUCAGGCACGGAGGUGACAGGAGAAGUAUGCGGAACAGUAGUUUGUACGGCCUUGCCGGCGCCUCCGAGUCGCUCCCCGAAUCACCCGUGGGGCCGCGGCGCGUGUCCACGGCCUCGGACUGCGCCGCCGAGGUCCCCGCCACCUACGGGACUACCACCACUACCGUCACCGAGUCCGAUGAGGCGGACGGCGUCGGAGCCAUGGGAGCGAUGGGCGUACCCGAGCUGACUCCGUCGACACCGCCGCCCUCGCCGUCCCAGUCUCCUAGCGCCUCCCCCAUGACGUCCGCGCCGCCGUCACCGGCGCCCUCCGGGGAGCCCAUGUCGCCGCCGUACCUCCCAGGCUCGUGUACGUGGCGGCCCCCGUCCAGCUGCGCGGGCGACCGCUGUGUGUCGCCGCCGCGCUUCGCCGUGUAGGCUGAGCUGGUGAAACUUUUCAUACGCUUUAUUCGUGAGCGGGUCCGGAUGGACAUGACGAGUAGGGGCCGCGGUGGGGGCGGUCGCCCCCCACCCCCUGCCACCCCUCUGGAUCUCUUAGGACGCCGCCGCUCAAAUCUUGUGAUACUUCCUGGCUAGAGGAGGAUUUAUUUCCGAGGACUCAGAUGCCAGUAGCAACCCAGGCUGCCAUUCAACUUAACUAGUAGUACUUUUUCUAAGUUUGGUCGAAUCAUAACUGGCAGUUCCAGAGCUUCUCGUAGCCACGGACCCAGUAAGGGACAACAGUUGACCGUCUUUACGGAUGGUUUGAAAGUGCCAAAUAAUACCAAGAGCGUGGUGGAGGAAGAAAAAGGUGCGACAAGACUUCCGUGCCGAGUGCUCGCGGAACACACCUCCAAUCAAAAUAUUGUUAUAGUGUUAUGAAGAUGGACCACAGGUGCACGUUGCUUUUCGAGCACCACGUCUAUCAUCUGUCUGCAUCAUUAUGUAUGAUAUUUCAAUAGGGUAUACAUAUUUGUCUGUAAAAUGGUGGUUGUGAUGAAAAUUCUACCAGAGUUUGUCUUAAUUGCUAAGUGAAUUAUUAUAAAUCAUUACAUACUAUAUUAAUAAUUUUUUUUAAACGUUAAAUUUACAUUUUGUGAUAUUAUUCGAUGCAGUGAGCAAAGUCGACAAUUCCUCUGUUGUUUUUCUAUUGCAUGACAGCAAACUCUUGUACUUCGUCAAAUGUUUAUUGUAGACUGACUUGAAUGAUAACGUAACGGAAGCGUAUCACAAAAGUGAUUCCCUGUCUUGGCUAAAGUCUUUAUCACAGUACUCCCCUUCAGCUUCAUACUAUGUCAAACUAUUAACAUGUUAUUCGUCGAUAUAAACAUUAGGUCAACAUAUUCUAAACACUCGCAUGUACGAUACAUACAUGAAAACUAGCCGUGUCAUGAAGGUGUAGUGCCUGAUUCACGUAGUAUCACAUCAAAUUGCUCACCUACCCUGUUUUCUCAUUCAGGAGCAAGAUGUGCACAUAGCUUUGCCUUGUCCGUCGAAACAAUUUUUUGCGACGAAGCCCUAAUCAGAGCUACAAUUAUAAGUGUAUCCGAAAAUGUAUAUCCUUGCUCCGUUCUAUCAUGCCAAUUCUGUGAAGCCAAGUUUUCGAUUUCAUGUUUCCAACUUAUAAAGCGCAUUCCACUUUAUAACUCCCAAAAUCUUCUUUUUACGCACCAUUUCAAAUGCUACAAUGAUUAUUGUGAAAUGAACGGAGUUUUCAUAAUACCUAUGUAAAUGUAGGUGUAUUGUUUGACUCGUGGCACAAAUAGCUAUGUAGUUUCAAUAAUAUUCGUCGUGUAAAUACAUUGCAAUUUAUUCUUAUUGCCAACACUGCCAGGACAUACUGACUUGAUUCGCAAAUGUUCAAGGUAGGCUGCGGAGGGUCUAGAUUGGAUCAACUGGGUUAAAAUUUAUCCUCCCUUGAAAAUGCCGUGGUCUCGUGUCCUUAUCUUUAAAUGGCUAAGAAAGUACAGGCGUCAAAAUCAAAGCGUAUUCGUAUUAAUAAUACAAGAUGCAUAUUCCAUAUUACUUGACAUGCAAAGAAAAGACCUGCCUUCAUGGAUUGGCUACAUUAUUAUUGUCCGCCGUGAGAGUCAGCUGCAUACUGACUGCAUUGCAUAUGUCCUAAAUCCCAAUCCUUUUACAUAAUUUUUACUAUCAUAGGAAAAGUCCCUGAAAAACUGACUUACUUAUUUUUAGUUAAAGGCCUGCUUGAAUUUCUGUAUUGUUAUUUAAGUUCUAUUACUGAAAAAAUAUUGUUUUUAGGGGUCAUUUUCUGUGUGUUUGCCACGGUGAAUUUACAGGUGCCUUAAUACUUCUAUAAUUUUAAUGCUUGCGUGUUAUUUUGGAGCCGUCAAAUUAUAUUUACCCGCCAUUUCGUUGACUGAUGAAGAUAUUCGCUGAAGGACGACUGACGUAUGGUAAAAAGCAUGCACUUUGACUGCUGUUUAUAAGUAAGUGUGUUUCGUUAACACUUUGUACCCCUUCAUAUCGAAGGAUAUAAAAAAUUAAACAGCUCAAAUCGAAGAGUGUCUCGCUUGGAGUGGAAAUAAGCGCUGUCAUAAACGAAAAUUUCAUCAAAAGUGUGAAAGGCUCAAGUAAUGCUUUAGUGAUAAAUUAUAAAUUUGUAAGCAGUUGGAGUGAUGACGAAUGGUUAGUGAAAACGUAACGCGUGGACAGAAGGAUGGAAUGCCUCCGCAGUUACAGUUGGAGACCAAUCUUAAAUUUGAGAGUAAAAUCUGCCGUCAGUUUGCAUUUUAUAUUCCCUAUAUAUUCCCUGAAAUUACCGUCCCGCGGCCCUCACGAUAGUUAACCCAGUCUUUUUUGACCUGAACAAUAGCGUUGCGUCGGUCACUCACCUCAACAGUUUACUGUUUCGCAGUUUCCUCAUCUUUUACUGAUUUUAUUUCUAAAUUAAAAUGAUGGAACCAGAAAGUAUUUUAUCUGUUACAAUACAAUAUUCUAAAUAAAUGGUAACAUUCCUUGAAACCGUUGGGAAAGUCAUCGUGAAAUAUGUAAGAAACUACUGUGUUCUUAAACUUUAUUGUAUGCUUGAAACGCACUGUCUCUUUUGACAUGCGACAAGGAAACUAUGUUAUUCUUACUGUAAAUAUUGUUAAAUAAUUGAAAUUGUAUUUCUGACAAUGUUCAAUAUGUUGUAUUUGUCACGGUUUUUCUAAGCAGGAAAAAGAGCAUCUGUGUAAGAAUAUAGUUGUUAAUUCAUUACCUAGUCAUAGUUGAAACAUGUAGAUAUCUUGAGAACAGGCAAUGUUCUAAAGGCAUCCCUAUUUUGUUGUUUUGUUACUCUAUCGUUUUAUUUAUCUAUAUUGUUUAACUUUUACGGCGUAAGCUGCUGUUCCCUUGUUCGGGCUCGGUCUAACGCAUGAAAAAAACAAAAUCCUACUAAGUAUUCAACGGCCGGAACUAAAAAUCAUAGAGGCUUCAAAUUUCUCUCAUUGCUUUGGAAUGUCUUCAUUAUUUUGCAUUUUAUAGACUGAUCAAAAAAUUUCGGCAAGUAUCGUUUCCGGUUCACAAUAUUUUUUCUGUAUACAGCUGUACCACUUACCCAAUUUCAUCGUUAAUGCGCGAACAUAUGAAACCACGAAAAAGAGAACCUUACCAGCAUCGCUGGCGGCAGCCAACGCUUGUACUGCAGUGGGUUGUGUCAAUUUGGUUUAUGACGAGGCGCAAAGGAGCGCUGACAAGUUUACCAAUGCAAUAAAUUCUAUCUCUAUAAA